AUCUCUGGAGCGGAGGCUGGCGAAGAGGAGCAGCAGAGCUUCUGGGGCUGAGGCUGCUGCCUUGCGCGCCCAGAGGAGGAGGAAGAGCUCCGGGCUGAAGGGGCUCUGUCUUCGCUGCCAGCCCAAGGGGGGCUCUGGAGCCGACCAUGGGGGCCCUCCUCCUCCUCCGCCGCCGCCGCCGCCGCCCAGGGAGCCGGGGCUGAAGAAGAAGAAGGAGGGCUGGAGACCCAGAGACAGAGAGGCUCCGGAGAGACACCUUGAGAGGUCAACCUAGUCCCAGCUCUACUGAUCAUGGUCAACAAGACCUUAAACUACUGGGAUCCCAAUUUUGAGGAUGAGGUCAUCAACAUCAAUGUUGGGGGCCUGAGAAGAAGACUUAGCUCAAGUGCCCUCUCCAAAUUCCCUGACACUCGUCUCGGGCGCUUGCUGUCCUGUGACUCUGAGGAGUCUAUUCUGCAGCUGUGUGAUGACUAUGAUGUGGGCGCCAAGGAGUUCUACUUUGACCGGAACCCUGGCUUCUUCCUCUAUGUUCUCCAUUUCUACCAGACCGGCAAGCUGCACGUUAUGGAAGAGCUGUGUGUUUUCUCCUUUUGUCAGGAGAUAGAGUACUGGGGCAUUAAUGAGUUCUUUCUGGACUCGUGCUGCAGCUACCGCUACCAUGAACGGAAACUGGAGAGUGGCCAUCACAGUUGGGAUGAAGAGAGUGAGGUCAGUAGUGUGGACACUUCCCCAGAUGAGAUCUUGGACUUCAAUCAUGACCUGCUUCACUACAGCACAUUGCGUUGUGGCAAUCUGCGCAAGCGCCUUUGGCUCACCAUGGAGAACCCAGGCUAUUCGAUCCCAAGCAAACUCUUCAGCUUUGUCUCCAUCAGUGUCGUGGUGGCUUCCAUAGCAACCAUGUGCAUCCACAGCAUGCCAGAGUACCAACAGCCUGAUGAAGAAAACAAUAUGAAGGAUGACUCUGUGCUGCAAAAUGUGGAGUAUUUUUGCAUCUCCUGGUUCACCUUUGAAGUGACUGCCCGCUUGCUGUUGGCACCAAACCGGAGGAAGUUUUUCAAACACCCCCUAAAUCUGAUUGAUAUUGUCUCAGUCUUGCCUUUCUACUUCACCCUUUUGGUGGAUGUCACCAUGGGGAAUGACUCAGAGUUAGGGAAUCUGGGCAAGGUGGUGCAGGUCUUUCGCCUCAUGAGGAUAUUCCGAGUGCUGAAGCUAGCCAGGCAUUCAACAGGCUUGAGAUCCUUAGGGGCCACCCUGAAGCACAGCUACAGAGAAGUGGGAAUUCUUCUGCUGUACUUGGCUGUUGGGGUAUCUGUUUUCUCUGGAGUGGCCUACACUGCAGAAAAGGAGGAAGAUGUUGGCUUUGACACCAUCCCAGCCUGCUGGUGGUGGGGAACAGUUAGCAUGACGACUGUAGGCUAUGGAGAUGUUGUACCAGUAACUGUUGCUGGCAAGUUGGCAGCUUCUGGUUGCAUCCUCGGUGGGAUUUUGGUGGUGGCACUACCUAUUACUAUCAUCUUCAACAAAUUCUCCCACUUCUACCGCAGGCAGAAGGCCCUUGAGGCUGCUGUGCGGAAUAGUGGCAAAAAGGAACCGGAAGACUCUGAGAAUUACCCAAGUCAAGAGUCUGAGAUUUUAAGUGAAAUCUACCAGAGAGAUGAUGACCUCACCAGAAACAUCCUUCCAGUUCAUUGAGUGGAUUGAAGACGGGGUCUAUUCUGGUCUUAGAAGGCAAGUCACUAAUGAGAUGGUAGCAAGAGCAUUACCUCUGCUGACAGAGACUCCAUUUGUUGCCAGUGACCUGUUCCAGUAACAAUAGUAUGGUAACCUCCUGCUCUGAGCCAGUAUAGCAUACCCAUUGACCUUAUGCAUUUGGACUUCCAGUAUUCCACCUGGACAUGCACACUGUGACUACCCUAUUCCUUUAUCCACCAUGAACACUUGGCUCCAGAAGCCCAGAAUACUAUAUUUCUUGGUACAGACUGUAAGAGAGGGUAGCUUCUCCAUUACAAGCACUUUCUAAUGAUGUCUAUUCCCUACUCAGGGAAGACACUACUAGCUUCCCUCAGGUAUGACUUGUAGACAAGUGUCAAAGUUUGGAAUGUAAAUUCAAGACCAGAAUCUAAUAGGUAGAUUAUGCAGCCAUAUGGCCUUUCACCUGUCACCUCUCUCUAGUAAUUACCACGCAUUCUCUUGGACAAUAUUCUGCAAUUCACUCCAACCAAAUAUUGCUCCACUGUCCAUCAAGAAGUUGAAAUGCUCUUCCACUAUUUACCAAAAUGCUGAUGCUCUGUUUAUUUCUUUUUCAACUUGUUUCUACACCAUGAUUUAUUAUUGAUUUUCAUCUGUUGCCAAAGAGACUGGACAUUGGUUCUGAAGAUUAUCCUUAGUGCUGUAACAAAUUGUUGUUUAUGACUUCCACAGAGUGGAGAUUUAUAGAGGAAGGAAUCUCCUGACUUGCCUUAUAAAUGUUUGUCUGAAAGAGACCCAUGCAGGAUAGCAGUAACUUGACAUAGCCUAGAAAGAGUCUAAAUAGUUAGUUUCAGAGCUGAUGAAGAAAAAUGGACAAAGAUGUGUGUGUGUUGUGAUGCUUGAGUGGAUGAGGGCUGGAGCACAUGUUACAAUCACUAAGGGAGGGAAGGGGUCAUAGAUAUGAAGUUCCUUAUUAUAAGGUUUCUACCACCACCAACCCACAUCUCUCAAUGAUUGGAAUGAAAUGGAUUGUUUUAUUUAAAAACAACAACAACAAAACAGAACAAAAACCUGUGCAAGGUAUAGAGAAUGUGAUUGGGAAACAUAUAUUUACUUAUUUCUCUCUUGAUAUUGGUACUAAAAACCACCCCCCAAUGAAAUGUAUUGACAGUAGGUUGAGUGCGGGUAUAAAGCAGUACUUCAAACAACACAUAAUUAAUUCAUGUAAUUUACUGCCACAAGAUGUGGUAAUAUCCAUUGGCUUAGAAAGCUUUAAAGGGAGUUCAAACAAAUUUGUAGAGGAUUAGGUCUGUCAGUAUCCAGGAAGGCUAAAUUGAGCUUCCACAUUCAGGGCUAGUACACUCCUACACACCAAUUGCAUGUCCUUUUGUCCUGAUUUUUGAGCUUGAAUGCAACUGGCUCUUUUGAUUACUGUCACGUGGUGAGAGAGUCCGUGUUUCUUGUUCCUGACAGCUACUGGUAAAUAUAUGGAGAGACUGUAUGAUAAUGAUUAUUCUUGAACUUAUUGUAAGAUUUGGAGAACAUGUCCUCAGGAUAAUAGAUUCCAACUACCAGCAUCCUCAGACAUCAAGAUCAGCAGUUGGGGAUAAUGGGAAAUGGGCCACAUGUGGAGGGCUACAUGUUCUGCAUUUCUGUUAUAUUUUCUGUCAUAUCCCUAAAACAGUGGCAACAUAUGCUCAAG